AUGAGCCCCCCGCCCCCAAAUAAGGGAAAGGCUCCCAUCACCGAGGAUGGAGACUUGUCCGACACCUCGUCUCAUCCAAGCGAUGCCGAGUACUUCGACGCCGAAGUAAACUCCUCUCGCCCUCAAGAAGAGGAUAAAAAGCCGGAAUCGUCUGUUCCUGCUCAGCCCUCGUCUCGAGGCUCUCUGCAGGUCAGCCAGAAGACGCAAGGCGAGAAAUGUACCAAGCUUGACCGAGCUUCACCAGGUCUACGGCGAGGCAGCAGUUCACACUCAGCCGUAUUCGAUGCCCAAUUCUCUCAUUCGCAAACCAGCCAAAAAUCUUCAUCGCCUCUAGAUUUGACAAUGAAAAAGAAGAAAAGGAAGGCCACAUCCACGGGCGCUGGUGGAUUUGACGCAUUUUGUGCCGCUGCAUUGGGAGAAGACGCCCAAAAUCUCCUAUUGGCGGCAGACCAUAAGGUUAAGUCCGAAAGCUCACAGAAUGAAAUCAUGGUCCGGCUUGGGCAGGCCUCAGAUGAUUCGGCUCUCGAGAAGUCAAGUUUGAAGUCCGAAGGUGACACCGAGAGUAGCACAUCCAAUUCUGAGGAUGGGCCAAAUGAGAAGAAUGAGGACCGCACUAAGAAGGUCCAAAGCCUUAUGGUUGAUAGGAUCAUGUCCUCAUUUAUGAGCUGGCUGGACACAAAGAAGAAAGUCAAGCAAGAGGAGGAGGAAGAGAAUGAACCGCAAAUCGAGGAAGCCUUGUUUGGAGCUCUCCCCGGCGGCGAUGCUGCAGAUGGUGCUCUCUUCGAGUCUGUUCCAACAAUGCCGGCGAGUGUUUCUGCUAGCGUGCCGAGCUCUUCCAGAAAUGAACUCGAAAGCUUCAUGUAUCGUCAGGUUCCGGCUCCCCGUGCUCCUGCGCCCGUUACUCGUCACCGGAACUCGAAUAUUGCUCUCCCACCGCCGCCACCGCGAACCCCAUCGAUAGAACCACCACUAGCAGGACCGCCUCCAUUAGGAAUUCCACCACCGCCAGUAGGAGGGUCACAAUUAUCUGCGACUUAUGUGCCGAGUUAUGAUUCAAUGGUAGAUUUCGCGGGGACACCACCGCUAGCAUCAGCUGCACCACCAGUAGUACCAGCACCCAUGCCCCCACCGCAGGCACAAUCACCAUCAGGCUACACUUCUAGAGGGGCAAGCGAGUUCAAAGAAGCCACAAGUUCUCGCAGACGGGGACGCCCUCCCGCUUCAGCACCACGAUCCUUUGUCUCGGCGGCGUCACCACCAAAAACCGGCGCACUGUUAAGAGCAUCCGCAUCUUCGUACGGGACAGUAGAUGCGCAACAACCUCCAGCAGAGGAACAAGCGGAUGGCGCCCGCAAAGUGGCUAUGCACACAGGCAAAAGGGGGCGUAAGGCAAAGCCAUCGAUAAAGCACGGCAGGUCGGCAGGCAAUCAGGCGCCGGAUGAAGACGAAGACGAAGAGGGCGAGGAGAAUCGGCUGCCCCGCGCGAAGCUUUCCAAAGUACAGGAAGACGUUGAUGAAGGCGCAAAGCUUGCGUGUCCCUUCUUCAAGUACAACCCGAGGAAAUAUAAGACCCAACGACCGUGCUGCGGGCCAGGGUGGGACCACGUCCACCGUAUCAAGGAGCACAUAUACCGCAAGCACUCUCUUCCCAAAUUCUCAUGUCCACGCUGCUCCCAAUCUUUUGAGACCCAAUUGGCUCUGCAAGCCCACGCCCGCUCCCUGGACGCCUGUGACGUACGCGAACCGGAGAUCUUGGAUGGCAUCACACAGGACCAGGAGAAGAAGCUUCGUUCCCGGAAGAAGACGUCGGCAAAGGAACUCACCGAAGGGGAGAAGUGGAUCCAAGUCUACAGCAUCGUCUUCCCCGACGUGAGAGAGCGGGAGAUCCCGUCACCGUACCAUAAUGCGGAGGAUGCCGACAUGAAUCUGGGCGGCUACGAAGACUACCUUCGACGCGAGCUCCCGCCACUGGUCCGCCGACAGCUCGAAAAAGAGGUUGAGCGUGAGCUAAGCUUUGUCGAGGAAGGCAUGAAGCAAAAGGUCAUUGAUAUCGCUCGGAACCUCCAGCUCACGCUCUUCAAGGGCUACCAACAGCUCGAGAAUCAGGAUCGAGGACUGCAAGACCCACCGAGUGUCGUUCCGUCCUCAAGCUCCGAGACGGGAGGGUCUUUCUUCACGGCGACGGACACUUCGCCGUCGACCAUGACGACCAGCGGCACAACGCCGGAGAUCCCGGAUCCGUUGGACAUAUUUGGUGACCCUGUCAUUCCGGACUUUGACUUUAACUUCCUUGCCGAUAUUCCCUUUCCCGAGUCACAGUCGUUUUCCGAGGGACAGACUCUGGACCUUGGGUUCGAUCAGCCUUUUGAUAUCCAACAGCCAGCCACGUUCAAACCUGGGAUGGAGAUGCUCGGGGCACAGCAGCACGAUCUGCCAUACUACGGAGUAGAUGGCUACCAAGAUACAAAUGGCCAGAGGAUGGACGCGAGUGUUCCGAGUUAUGUUCCAUGA